UUAUUCUUCAAACACUCCCCUCUCUUCCCCUCCCAAUUCUCCUUUAUCCCUGUGUAACCCCCUUUUAUGCUAGAGUCCCAGGACCGCAUAUUCUCAAAUAGCAGUAGAUACUAGGGUUUCUGUUUGCAAAUGGUUUUUUUGAUCUUAUGGUUGGCUUUGUUUGAAAGAGGAACAUUUGAAAUAGCAGUAAUCACCCCAAGCCAUGUUCUUGUGUCCUCUGUUUUUCCUCCUGUGCCUCCCUGUCCUGCCCAGCACCAACCCCAGAAACCACAAUUCUGAUGACGUAAUGUCACAACCCCCAUCAUCACCACCGGCAGGCAAGUCCAAGAACUCUGUCCCCAUCACAGGAGGUUUCAGCACAAAGGUUGGCCACGACUGUACCUGGGAUACAUCUGGUGAUGUUGUGGUGAACCUGCUGGUUAGCUGUAGGUCUGGGGAACAGACCUACUGGUGCCGCUAUGCUGGACAGCCAAAUUUGUGCCAAGCCUACCAUAACAGAAAGGCAAAGGUUGGGCACUGGAAACAACUAAUAGGCAAGUUGAAGAAGAGGAGGAAUGCAUGUGACGGGAAGAAGGUGCUGAAGACCCGCAACUGCAAGGCCCCCCUUAAAUCACACAUGAAGCUCAAAGAGAAGGGGAAAAGCACAGGAAAUAAGGAUACCGUGAUCAAGGUUCCUGAAAGGGUACAGAAGGAGGGGAGGAAAGAGAAAAAUGAAAAAAGGACACAGUUGUCAGAGGAGAGGGAAGGCAUUCGGGAGUUGAAUGAUACUGAGCUUGUGGGAAGUUACUGUGCAGAGGGAUGGCAUUCUGUUUGCUCUUUCUUUGUAAGGUUUUUGCUUGGUUAAAUCUCUUGUUUUUCAAAUGUUAGAAAAGGGACACAGCUGAUCAACUCAGUUGGAUAAGUUCAAAAACUAAAGAUCAGGUCUUAAUUCUUUGCAAGAUAGCAAUACAUGUGUAUAAAGCAUAGAGCCUAAACAAGAGAGAAUUUUACUUUCAGCAACUCUGACACAAUGUAAACCAAAUUCAUAUUUGGUCCAAGAAAAGUCUGGAGGGUGCUUCUGUGUAUUUUAUUGUGAAACUAAUCUUAUUAUCUACAGAUGUUGGGUAGACAAUAUUUAGCAAAUUUGCAGUCACUACACUUAUGUAUUUUGUAACUUUACCCCAGCAUAUAAAAUUUUACCUGUGAAUAAAUAUCCUAUAUCAAAUAUGAACAGUUAUCUGUUAGUUGGGAAUAAAACAAUAGCAUUUUAAAUAUUCAUAUGCCAAUAAUUAUUAGUUUAUUUGGAUCCCAGUUUGCUCAAGCCAGUACAGCAGCUUAUCAUUCUGAGGUGCAGAGAAAAAACAUAAUAAAUAAAAAAAACACUAACUAUGACCGCUGAUGAAAAUGACAAUGUAUAAGUCAUUUCAGAAUGUCUGAAUAUAAAAAAGACAUUUGAUUUGGUGUCCCUUCCUAAAUUGGAUCAAUAUUUGGUGUUAGUUCAU